AUGGAUUCCGCUUGUUUAUUUUUAUUCUUUAUAUCGUGCGCAGUAGCGUCAUCUCACCAUUUAGACGAAGACUUCAGCCAUGAAUACCAAGACAUCCUCGAUGACUCCAAUGAAGAAACAACAAUAAAAGAAAACGAAGUUUCAAAAACUCCCCUACUCAAAUACGAAGUUACAGAAAUCAUUGAAGAUCUACCAAAUACAGAGACUCUGGGCCCUAUAGUAACUAAUUACACAAUAGCUAAGCCUAUAAAUCUAGCGACCGCACCAUCCACUCAAGCGAACACCACAGCCGUCGAGAGUGAAACAAAGAAGAAUUAUUUAAGCAUAUUCCACGUUAAAGUAGAGUAUGAUAAAGAGAAGGAAAAUAAGGCCCCACAAUUUUUCGGUAUUAAAGAAUACAUUGACGGUCUCAAGAAGGGCGUAGUUAGUGGUUUUAACAGUAUUAUCGAUAAGUUCAGAUUUAAAAGUAUGACUGCCAUGCCUAAUGUGGUAAAUGGCAAUGCCCUGUUCAUAAAUAGGUUGAAAAAAGUAUCUGACUUCAAGAGUAGGGAACAUAAGAGGUUUUUUGGACACGAUGACUAUUGA